GGAGAGGAAAGGCGUGUCGAGAAGAAGACACCUGUCCGGAGAGGUGCAAAGGAGAGCCGCGAGAGGAAAUGCAAUUCUCGGGUGAGGGAAUGGGAGGCUAGCAACCUCGUUUGAAGCGGAUUUAAAAGCAGGGAAUUAUCAUUCGAGAAAUACUCCCCCUCUUGCAGCGAGAGCCCACUCCUACCUAAGGAAGGGGCUUGUAGAUCUAUAUUUGGAUUAAGGGGCGGUAUGGAUGGAAGAGCGCUUCUAUUCUAUUGGUAGGCAGUCGCUGGCCGAGGAGGCUGCUCUCUCUAUCUAGAAUGAAAAGAGGAGAGAAGUAGCACGCACUGGAGUGGGAGUGGUUCCAGUGCCGAAAUCGCCCUUUCUCUUAUUCGUACUAAACUAAGGGGGAGGAGGGCUUAUCUUAAUAUUCCAUCUUGUUUGUUAGCUGACAACUCCAUCCAUCUUGCUUGUGCUCAUUCUAUCACUAUCACUAUGGGGCUGGGGCACCACAUAUAUAAGCAUUGGGAGAUCGAUCUAAUUCUACCAAAGGCAAAAGAAAUGGGAAGCAAAGUGUUGGUUAUCUAGCUAGUAUAGAGAUGAUGCAGUAUCUUCUCUUCAUUGGCGAGACAAGCAAAGAAGUAGAUUCAAAAAAGCAAAGUCAAGCAAGCAGCAACAUUGGUGACUUUAUUGAGUCUUGUCCUAGUUGAUCUGGAAAUGCCCGAAGAAGCCUUUGACUCAUCCAAUGCUUAAUUGGUUGUCCUAAUUUCUUUCUUGAAAACAUGUACGAAAUGAAAGACUUAUGUGAAUAAGAUCCAAUUCUAUGAGAACAUUCACAAUUGAUCGAUAGCUCACAAGCUACCUGCUUAUAGGCGGGGCAUCAGUUGUAACAAACAGGGGAGUCAGGUAAGAAGAAUCAGCCUCGGAAAAGAAGAAUUCAGCGCUCAUAUCCUCGUUUCCAACAUGCAUUCGUAGGCAAGUUUAUAAGGUGGAGGAAGCAACUGUUUUGAAUCCUGCAAACAGAACGUUUGAAUCUGAUCAGUCUAUUGAUAAGUAAGCACUUGAGCCAGAGAGACAAGCAACUAUAGGUAUAAAUAAUUCAGCAGAAACUCUUGGUUUCAGUUCAGCAGUGUUUACGACGCAUUGAGCAGAAACGUUGAAAUAGAAGCAGAGUUUCUUUUCUGUUGGACUUUGUGCUUGCCUUUGAAGGAGGAAGAGUGUGGUGCCUGCAGAGAUAAGCUGUUGAGAUGCAGAAUGAAACCAGAAAUGCCUUUGUUGAGAAGCUUGUUCAUUAUCCUUUUCAGUUGUUCAGUGUACGCGUCCUGAGAUGUGCAAUCCUUUAAUGAGAGGAGAGUAUCAUCUUCUAAGGUAAUGAGAAAUUCUCUGGUCUUCAAAUUGAGGGCAAAUGGGCUAUGUUUAUAGAGCCAAUCAUGACAUCGUAUUCUUUCAAGUCCAGGACUCUAAGGUUGUUGUUGAAGGCAUGUUUCUGAAUAGAGAAUGCAGUGUCUGCUAUGAUUGCCCCAGAUGUAAGUUGGCCUCCCCCAGCCACAGCUAUUUUAGCCGAAUUUUUGGAUAUGGCAAGUGGUUUUAACUGCGAAAGACAAAUCAAUGAAUGUACUUGAACUGCCGGUAUCAAUAAGGGCAAUGCCUGUUUGUCCACCAACAGUGACCUUGACUUAAAAUGUGCCAGCAGUGACCAGCCCUGAAACUGCAUGAGCCGAAAUAUGCAUGAGAUACUCAUUUGGAGGGGAGUCCUGAUCCUGUGGGAUUUCAUUUCUUCUUCUUCUUGUACUGCAAUCUCUUCUGUGGCAUCAUUUGGUGUGUAAGUUUCCUGCAUGACAUUGCAUUGAUAGUAGGGAUUAACUUGCAUUUGUGACCGGGGACCCAUUUCUCACCACAUCUCCAGCAUUCACCAGCUUUUCUAGCUCUCUGUUGUUGCACUUGGGGAGCCGCACCGCAGGUUGUUCUUUAGUUUUGUCUGGUGUGGUGGUAGCAGGUUCUGCACAAAAGGAGAGUUCUGUAUGGAGCAGCAGUGAUUUGUCUCUGAUAUGAAGAAAACUGUUUCUUAGGUGGGGCACUGCGUUCCAUGUCUUUGGCCUGCCAGUACGCAUCAGUCAGGGACUCUGGAUGGAGAGGCCUGAGUUGGUGUUUGAUGUCAUGACGAAGGCCGUUGACAAAGCAUUUUACAAACCACUCUUCGUGCAUUGAAAGUUUCAGCAACUUCAUAGGGACUGUAUGCAGAGAAACGAUGAGUAAUCAUGCGACAGAAAUCUGACCAAGAGGAAUCUUGCCCAGUGGUCUAAUAUGAAUAAGAAAUGGCAGCUAUAACAGAGAUUUUUCUCAAUCGCUCAGCUUGAAGGUAGGUCCUUGUCACUAGAACGAAAUGCAAGGGUUGGUGGAUCGGUGAUUUCUGAUAAUACAAGCAAGGACACACCUCUGGCUGUAUCUUGUGAGCCAGCCCUUACCGAAGGCAUGAUGGAGUGAAAGAUCGGGACUCUUGGCUAUCAAAAGAGCGAGCCGAAGUAAAUUCGACAAGAAAGCUAUCCGAUGUAUAUUCGUUGGAUAUGAUAAUGAGCGAAAAUGGUGGAAGGUUUCACUCCAGCAGGGGCCGCCGUUCCGGACCCAACCCAACAGAGGCAGGGGUAAUUCUUUGCAGUCUAAUGAGGCUGGGACAAGCUUUGCUUUUGUACUGGUUUGGUUGAAACUGAGGAUUUGGUAUAGCAAAGACCGUCACCAUCCCAAUAGAGGGCUCCAGAGAACACUCUAAAAGGGGAGCAUGUGGUCAACCACCAAGAAUCUAGCAGUGGGCCUAGCUUCGUACCAUGAUCAAUUCACUCUCUCUCGAAUCUUCAGCAUCCAUUGCGCUUCUUUCUUGUGUUGACCGAAAAAAGCUCGGUAUGAUUCAAUACAUUCUAGGAACCUGGGGCAGUGAAUCGAUGAAUUGGAGGACAGACCGCUUUUACUAGUUAUUCUUGCAGGGGUCUUGGGCAAUCAAGACCAGCCAGUGACUCAAUGAGGAAGGGAGAGUGGGAUAGCUACAAGCGAUCCAGGGAGUCUUCCGUAAGACAAGAUCGACUUCCUUUUGCACCUGUUCCAUUUGUUGAAUGAAAUACCCCCUUCCUACGGUGAGUGUUGGGUGAGGGAAGGGAUAUUUUGAUUGAAGAGCUCGCUUUGUCGAAAUCCCUAUAAUGAAUAGCAUUUGCUGCUGCCGAAUAAACCAACUUUAAGAUGGGAUAAGAUGCUCAAUAAGGCAUGAGGGUCAGUAUCAUAACGGUUUCCUCCUAGUAAGGCCACUCAUCAAGAACUCUUUUUUCUAUCCAACCAGUCAAGACAGACUCACAUUGAGCGUAGGUCUCAACCCCUUACCUUUCGCCAUGCGCUGAAUUCCAAUUCCAAUCAGUUGACACUUUGCACAAGAACUAGCAAGAAAUGAAAUGAUAAGAAAAACCAUAUCACCUUGCGACGUCUACUUUCAUUUGAAUAGGAACAUAGGCAUCCCGCGUGGGGGAAAACCCUAUCCCCCAUCUUUCACUUCCCCUUUAGAUGAGAAGCCGAAGGUGGCUAUCAAUAUGGCACCUCGAAGAGCAUAAAAGCAAUGAGCCCGAAGCCUGAAACCUGAAACCAUAGAUUGAACACUCAAAGAGGAUCAACCUAGUCAAUAGAUUGAGACACAACCUGCUUACUCACCUAGGGUCGGUCCGGCUCCGCCUACUACUCCUAUCCUACUUAUCCUUUUUUUUAAGCUAGAAACAGAGCAAUAGCCAUACAAUGGAGAGCAUAACCUAAAGGAAAGGGGUGGGUCGAAGGAUAACUAAAGGUGACAAGUCGAUCUAUUUUUGAGAGAAGAGCUAGAGCAGUUGACAGCUCACUAAGGAGUCUGUCUCGUCUAGUAGAGCUAUUAUCCAAUGGGUCACCAGAGUAGAGAUGACCUUUUAACCAUAGCAUCUGACUGUAUAAAAUGGCAAGGUGUUUGUUAGUGCUUCCCUUUCUUUAUCUAGCAAGAUAUCAAUAAGGCUGAUGGCUAACCAGAGAAUCAUUGCCAUAGGGUUCUCGAGAGUCAACCCUGUCUGGCCUACAAGCUUUUGGAGUUAGAGAAUGUACACUCUAUGAGGUGUAAACUGAUGUAGAGGAUCCAGACAAACAAUACCCUUGAAGAGUUUUAUGAGCAUAGUCAUCGAACUUCACUAUACUAUUAGGUUUGUCAUGACAUCUUCCCUCUUCAAAAGACUAUUUUUAAGAAUGAAUCAGGGUUUUUGCGCUCCUUGGAAUCAGGCCUAUACGUAGUGUAUGUAAGCCGCCUGCUGCUGCUAAAGCAAGGUAUGAGGGUUAAAGUAAGCGAUGCACAUCUUGAUAUACUCAAUUAAGUAAGACUAUCUUAUCUAGUUCUGUUUAUGCGUCUAGUGAGCAUUGAACUCCUUUGACAAGCGCAAUGCUUCUUUAUCGAUCAGUUAGACGCUUUAUACCAGGUUAAAGCUGAAGUGACGAUACCAGUGCCUGCCGAACUUCCAAGCCCUCAAAUAUCGAGGAUAUGGUGUGCCCCGUUACCUUAUUUCUAGGUGUAAUAAAGGCUCUCCCCCGACUAGAAGGAUCCAGGGACAACGGCUAUUUCCUCCUAAAAUAUUGGCAGUAGCCGAAACGACUGGAAACCCAGGUAGCGGUCCGGAAAGGGCAAAAGGGCAAGGUGAGUAGUGAAAGCAAGAACGUUCUUUCGCAUAUAGAGCGACUGCCCAAGCCCUGAUUCAGGGUUACUGGUCCACACCAACUGAUCAGGUAUCGGAUAAUAGGGAAUAUUUGUUUCAGCCGUGGUCCAGUCCAGCAGCCUCUUUUCGAUCCAAGAGUCGCAUGAGAAGAAAGCUUCCGGUUAGCUUCAGUUAGUGUUAGUUAAAUAGAACGGGAACCUCGUAACUAUGCCAAGCCAAGCCCGAUCUUGGUUCCAAUGCUGCAGAGAAAGGUUAUGGGUAAAAAGAAGGUCUUUAUCCUGGUGCUGCGGAGACCGGUGUUGCUGAUCGAACUCAUUUUCUUUCGAGGAGAUCGAAAAUCUCUGAAUUUCUGCGAAACGAAUUGACAUAUUUAUUGCGAGUUGAAAAGCGAAAGGAUGAAGACAGAUUUAGAUCCUCUGAAAGCGCAGGAAGUAUGCCUUUUGAGCUUUUUCUCCACCCACCUCUGAGCAUCCUGUUGGAAUGGUCCUAGGAAAGACUACGUACGAGAAAUCAUUCUCACAGCCAACUUUCCUUCUUCUGAGCAAAUAAAUGUAGUAUUUAGUCCAACCAAUCAUUGGUGAAUCUCUUGUAUGUCUUUCGUGAAAAGUGGAGUAUUUGUGCCCAAGAUCUUUCUAUCCCCUUUAGUAGGUGCACACAUCUCGUAUGGUAAAUAUACCAUUGUGCCCUAUAAGGUAAGAUUGAUUGACGGAGUCAAGAGAUGGGGAUCUUGGUUUAGCAGCGGCUGCCUGUCCUUUUCUUCGUGAAAGGUAUGAUCUAGAGUGUGAUUCUGAUCCCGUGAUUGGGUGCUUGGCGUAGAAUGAGUGGAGCAUACUAGGAAUGCCGAAUGCUCGCUCAGUGAGGGAGCUCUGUUGGAGAAGAGUGGGACUAGAAAGAUGGAAUACCCAUGUAAGGCCAAUAGUUGAGGUACCUGGAUCCAGACAAAACUCCCUUUCAUUGAAACGAGUACUCCACAUCUUAGGGUCCCAGCCAGCCUAUGAGCAAAGCUAGGAAAGCAUUCUUCUUCUUUCCUCAGGAUGAAAUAAUUCGGUGAAACUAUUAUUCUAAUAAGGCCAGCCCUAUCUAGAUCCCGUAGCUUUCUUUUCUAGAGAACUUCAUCUUUAAGCUUGGCUCCCUGGAGUGUUCGACGUCAAACUAGCUACUCUGCUGUUCGGAACUCACUAUUCGUUUGGGCUAUGGCUCUCAGCUUGAAAAGAAGAAUGAAAUUAGGGCAGGCGGGGCUCUCUAUUAAUUGGGAACACUUCAUUCUGCUGGCUACCUUGCAUCAAAGAAAACUUCCUUGCUGGCUGCACUCCGCGCACUUCAAGGAGUAAGUAUACGCUUCCUUCGGUCGAAGCAAUAAGGUCUGUUUCACUGUUGGACUCGAAGUAUCAUGGGCUCUUUCCCAUCUAACAUAUGUGUGCUCCGGACAAACACUUGUUUUCAUCGUUGAUCUCCUAAUCCUACUGGGAACUCUUAGUAGGUGGUAGCUCAUCUAAUCCUUUAGCUUCGCAGGCUUUCGUUUCUCUCUUUCGGUAAAACCUAUUCCAAUUCUCGUAAAUAGUAUGUAUUCGCUGAUAUCGAAAUCAGGGUUUUCCGCUUUGGAUCGCUGCGCUGGGUGGAGAAGAGGAAUCAACGAUAAAUCCAGGAAAGAGCUGCGAAAGAAAAGCGUGACGAGCAAAGUCAAGUCUGCCUUUCUAUUUCUUCUUUAUCCGCUUUGAGAUAUAGUUGCCUUCCUUGGCAAGGGAUUUUUCACCCAGUCACUGUAGUUAGGAAAAAGAAGCUAGUGAACGUGGAACUCCAUCCUCUUUUCCAGGCGGGACAGAGAGAGUGGAUUGGCUUUUUCCUCCCAUCCCAAAUAAAGAAGACUUUGAGGAAGGUUCACCUUGUAUCAAAAGCAAGUCAGAAUAGUUUCUAUUCCUAGUCAAGAUUCACUCUUUCUUUGCAUGAAGGCUUUGAAUAUAAACAGCACUCUGUCACGAUUCGUGGGAUUUGAACUAUUAGAAAAGUCCGUCCGUGUGCCAAACCCAGAUCAAGUACUGUACAUCAGGAUCCCCCCAGCAUAAACACUAGAGAACGACUGUGGUUAUCCUCACAAGGGGAACAAGCAACGGGUCGAUUGCACAUCUAAUGAAAAUCUAUGAUAUUCCUAUCUUUUGUCAUUUGAAAUGAAAUUCAAUGAUUUCGAUCAACUUAUCUGGGAAUCUGUCAUUCCAUUUGUUCCACUUUCGUUUUACUGAAAUAACUCACUUGAGUUGAAGUAAGUCAACACCUUUCAGUUGAGCAACUGUCUUUAGAGAGGGAAUAACCAGCGUUUUAGCGAUAAUCUAACAAAAUCAUCAGUGAAAAGAGAAUCAAGCCGACUUCGAACAGCUAAAAUCCAAUUCCCCACGGAUCGUAAUCGCUUUCCCAUGCUUUUUUACUUGUUGCCCAAGCUAGCUUAGCUUACUACAGCUACUGAUACGGCAACUCAAGCUACUAAUCUAAUAUAUGUCUUUGAUUCUUGUCUUUCAUGCUUCGCCGCUGGGAUUCAUACCACGGAAGCGACUACUACUUAUAGCUAGAAAAGGGAAUUCAAGGUGGUAAUUAAUACUCCUAAAAAAGGCUACUCACUACUACUGGGCCACUAGCUUUUAUUCCUAUACCUGACUGGCUAAUCUGAGGGAUACGGCAUGGCAAGCAAGCAAACUUAUAGGCAAGCCGGUAAACUACUAGGAAAUCGGAAAAUCUUUCUUUUACUACUUUUUCUGAUAACACUCUCGAAGCGAGCAAGCACUACUUGCAACCUGAUAUCUAUCUUUCAAUCUUAUUACCUGCCUGAAAGUCUUAUAGCAAGCAACUUAUCUUAUUACUGUCUUUCCUAAUACUCUAGGUAAUAGCAACUCAGAUUCGCUUCCUCUAUUUCUUCUAUCUCUUAAUCUGUAUAAGAGAGAACCCCUUGGUAAAAGUAUAGAAACUGCAUAUCAGCUUACGACUAGAAUUCUUAUUUGUUACCGCGCUCCAAGCUACUGAACAUAAAAGCUAUAAGCAUGAAAUCAAUCUGCUAAGCAAGCUUACUACUUAUUAACUUGAAAACCGGAUAGCUGACCUUUAUUCCUAUAAUCGAGUGGAGUUCUUCUAUCUGACUCCAAACCGGGUACGCCAAGCUCCAUACAGUAGAUACGAGCCGGUAAACUACAAUCUGGUAUUCUUAACUCCGACUUUGAAACUGCUAGCUGGUAAAAAGAAUGAAGGACCAUAAUUAAUGCUAUCGAGGCCCCAAGUCAAGCAACAAAGCUUCUAGCCGAUAGAAAGAAUGGGUACGAGCCUAUCUUGCUAAGACAAGGGAAACUCUAGCUGCACUUACUCCUUGGUCAGUAUAAACUACAUGGCUUACGAGAAGCUGCUCUUCAAACUCACAGCCAACUUGGAGUCAGAUUUCCAGCCGCUUAUAAACGGCAUAGAGAAGUAGGAGCCUCGCAUACAACCUGAACUCUGGUAUCAAGCCUGCCAACUCAAUUCUAUCUGGGUAAAAGGGCAAUAUACGAAAGGAAGGAUCGAUAACUGAUUUAUGGCUUUCAACCUGCUAACUUAGCAUCUUAUUUCUUUCUCCCAAUCUGGUAUCGACUAAUAAAGCGCGCCUUCUAACUCAUAUCUGUCUUGCUAUCUUCCAUCUAAUACCAGUGAAACGACAACUCCUGAUAGACCUUCUGAUACGACAACUGCGACUUGCAGUUUGAUAUCCGGCUUGAACUGUUCUAUCUGGCUUUCUAUCUCAUAUCCGCAAUUAAGAAUUCAAAGCAGUAAUUAAAGUAUGGAUACGAUGGCUUUGCCUUGCGUUCUUCAAUCAUGGCUUUCAAGUCUGAUAACCGCAAUUAGGAAUUCAAAGCACUCUCGAGGCGAGCACAAGCAAUCUGAUAGAGGAGCUACUAAUACUAUAGAUAGGAAACGCCUAAGCAAGUAUGAUACGAGAAAGCAAUUCUAUCUUUGACUGGUUUUUCAAACUGAUAACUGCAAUUCAACUCCCGGCAACUACAAACCACUAAUCUUAUUCCUUACUUCAAUUCUUGUACCAAGCCUACUUAAUUUCCAAUCUCACUACUUCCUUUUCAACUUCUAACUUAUAUGAUUGAUACGAAAAGCGGACUUGAAAACUUAAAUUAACAAGGCACGACAACUACAGCUACAAACUCGAAUGCAAAAGCCGAUACUACUACUCAAUUCACUCAGCUUACGACUCUUAUUCAUGGCUUUAAAUCGUAUAAGCACUAAGUCAAACUAGGGAAAACUUGCAAGCUUAACUUGAACUGCUAAAACUGAAUAGGCCGAUACGAGAACUCAAUACACUAUCGAAACUAACACUGCUGGGUAAAACAAUAGAAAACUACUGCUCGGCUACUCCCUAAUACCAGAGAAAUGGCAUCACGGCUUGCAGCUCUUCUUGCUAAAACAGAUGAAACUACUACUCCGGAAACGAAUACUCAAUCUUCAACCAAAGCUUCAAAUCUGAUAACUGCAAUUCAACUAUCUGACUCGCAUUCUUACUCUCACUGAUAAAAGUAUGUAGACGACAAGAAGGAACUAGCCUUAUUUGCCACUUUCAACCAGCCUCGCGUUCUUCAAUUAAUACCACGUAACCGAGCAAUCAAGCCUACAAUUCAACUAGAAAACAACAGCUCGAAUACGAAGAUUUAUAAGCGAAAGCGAGAGUUAACAUCUUCCUUGAGCUAUGGAAACAACUGCCUAACGAAAAACCUUAUUCACUGACUUUAUAUCUGCUAACAGCGAUUACUACUACCGCUCUCGAAGCGAAUACUCAACUGCCAAUCUCAUUUAUGCCUCUUAAUAAACUAGCUGGUAUUCUGAUAAUCGACUUUCAGUCUUCCUUGCAGGCAGGCUUUGUAAGCACUACGGAUACGCCCUUAUUAAUACAAUUGAUAGGACUUAUUUACUUGUUUUGUAUGGUUAUUUGUCCCUUCUUUCUAUUGCUAAAGGUUAGUUUUGAUUCCUCUCUCUAUCGUACUCUUAUUCCUCUAAUCCACUUACAAUCUGAUAGUUGCUAUGGAGCCUGAGCUCAGACGUAGAUAGGGCAUCACGGCUAGAAUUCUUCUUUAUGAGUCCAAUUCUUACUUCUUCCUUCGAGUCUUAUAUCGUACUGCAAUUAUGAUAGCUGCUCUACUAAUACGAGAGGUAGGCAUUUAUAAUAGUAUUUAUACGAAAAAGAGGCUUUGCAGAAAGAACUAUAACUAGAGAAGGUCAAACUGCAAACUAAAAAUAAAACUGUAGAAACGACAGAGCGGCUGUCAAACCUUAUUUGCUUACUCGUCUGCUUACUACAAGCAAACUGAUUUAUGAGUUGCAACCUUACUUAUGACUUGUAUUCUUCUUGCUGAGAAAGAGAGUUCAAAGCUGCAAUUGCUCAUGCCUCUAAGCCCAUCCUUUUUUAGGCUUCUUUGGGAAUCCCCUUUCCAAUCAGAUAGAUUUCGAGAUAGAUUCACUCCAGUGUGGUGUCCCGGCUCUGAUACGCUUCCUUUAUACGAUCUCAGAGUAGCUUAACCUUUAAUAGAGGAGUGAACCCACAUGGGAGAAGAGAGGAGUAGUAUGGGAGAGAGUCGUAGUUCAGAAUAAUCCCUGUAUCAUAACAAUAUUUCUGUAUCGAGUGAGUAGCUUGGAUUGAAUUCCUCUUAGAGUUUCCAUUCCUAUAGGUGGGCCUAAGGUUGGGUAGUUUGUAUUCCUCUCCCGCAUUGAGAGAGAUUCCAACUCCUAUAGAGAAAUACUCAAUAAAGUACUUGGCAAAUAGUAAAGUCUUCGGAGGAUGCGUGUCAAUAGAAUUCGGAAAUGCAGCAAUAAUAGGACCAACUGGACCAGAAAGUCAGAUAUACUGUUGCAAACUACUGAUCUAGUCAGGAUUUAGAAAGGUCGAUGAAUGGAACCUUGUAGAACUAUACUCCCCAGAAAAAAGGAAACUAUUUACGGGUUUCAACCCUCAUGA